AUGGCCACUUUACAACAAUAUAAUGUUGAAGAUGUAGAAGCUGUUCUCUCUGAAAUGGGAUAUACAAUGGAAAAAGAUUUGUUAAAUGACCUUGUUGAUGCAUUAAAUGAAGCGGAAGAAGAUAACUAUAAAAGUUCUGGAAAGAAUAUGAGUAUGUUUUUAGAUUUGAAUAUAGAUGAUGAAAAUUUAAAAAAUGAUUUAAAUCCAUUUAAAACAUUAGAAAAUGCUAAAAGUAAUAGAGAUUUAUUAACAACACCAUCAAGAAAUUCUCCUUAUAAAAGUUAUGAAAAUUAUCAUAACUUAAUGACAUCUCCAGGAUAUUCACAUGAAUAUGAUUCUCUUAUCGAUAAAGGUUACGAUACAUUAAGUAAAAUUUAUGAAGAAAUAAAAAUUUAUGAUGAAAAAAUUGCUGAAUUGGCAAAUGAAAAUCCAUUAGAAUCUUUAUCUAAUCGUUCAACUAUAUCAUCUCAUAAUUUAACACCAAUAACUGAUGAACAAUUAAUAAGUGAAAGUUCACGUUUUGCAAAUAAAAAUAAAUAUGAAUUAUCACCAUGUUUGAGAUAUAAAGGUGAACCACAACCUGGACGUUUACAUUAUCAACAUGAUCCUGUUAAAAGAUAUCAUACAUAUAAAAAAGAAUGGGAUAAGCAGCCACCACCAGGUGAAAAAAAAAGAUUAUCCCUACGUUGGAAAGUUCGUGAAAUAAUGUUAAAAAAAAAUAUUCCUAUUUAUAAAUAUUCAUCAUCAAUGCGACCUCCAAAUCCUGAAUGGAGAAAAUAA